ACGACGACCCGCUGAUAAACAAAGUAUAAUAGAGUUCAACCAUGCUUUAUACGACACGGCUUCGAGGAGUUCUCAAGAAUCUAUUAAUGAUUCAAUUCCAUACUCGCAUACGUUAGCACAAGUCCAUAAUUACUCAUCAGAGCCCACCAUAGAUGACGACACCCAUUUGCUUUAUGCAUCAUCAAGUGCGUCUUCAGAGAGACAAACGUUUCUCGAUCCUCAUGACGUAUUAAUGUCUGUUCAGAAUCAGCAGAACCACUUGAGUAUGAGAGAGACUGCCAAGCUUAGUUUGACAUUCUGUGCACUGUGGUUUAUCGCGAACUGGAGUAGCAAUGCAUCAUUAGCAUAUACAACCGUCGCAAGCAGUACGAUAUUAGCAUCAAUGUCAGGCUUUUUUACACUCUGUAUCGGAUCGCUCGUCGGUAUUGAGAGAUUUACGCUUACCAAACUGGUUGCUGUUUCAACGAGCUUAAUCGGGAUUGUUUUAAUCUCGUCAGCAGACGGAUCAGACGAUGACGACGACAGCGAUGUCAACUUGUUCGAGCCGGCCGCACCGCGUUCCAGAAUACUUGGUGAUUUCUUAGCGUUAAUUGGCGCUUUCUUUUAUGGAUGUUAUACCGUUUUACUAAAAUUGCGCAUAAAGGACGAAUCUCGCGUGAAUAUGCCCCUAUUCUUUGGCUUUGUUGGGUUAUUCAACACCUUUAUUCUCUGGCCAUUGUUUCUAUUACUUGAUGCAACCGGUGUAGAAGAAUUUGUAUUACCAUCUUCGACGAACUUUUGGAUUAUGAUUAUGGUCAAUGCGUUAAUUGGGACAUUUGCCUCGGAUUAUUUUUGGUUAUUGUCAAUGUUGAUGACGUCCCCGUUAGUAGUGACGCUAGGAUUAUCGCUGACGAUACCGUUGGCAAUCUUUGGGGAUGUAUUUGUAAAAGGGAUUGUUAUGGCUGGUUCAUAUUGGCUGGGUGCGCUGAUGGUAUUUAUUGGAUUCGUUGGAGUGAACGUUGUGGCUAUUAGGGAGGUCGACACGCAGAAGAGAGGAGUGGCGGUGGUUGAGUAA